AACCCCAGGGAUCCAAUGAUGUUUCUUUUGUUCCCCAGGGGCCUGAGUCCAGCAAAUGACAGCGGAGCCAAAAAGAAGAAAAAGAAACCCAAACGGAAGAAAGAGAAAGGAGGAGGAGGAGACCAGCCUGACCAGGCUCAGGACCAGCCAGUGAAGGUGAACUCUUUACCUGCUGAGAGGAUCCAGGAGAUUCAAAAAGCCAUCGAGCUCUUCUCUGUAGGUCAGGGCCCUGCCAAAACCAUGGAGGAAGCCAGCAAGAGGAGCUACCAGUUCUGGGACACACAGCCAGUGCCCAAGCUAGGAGAAGUGGUGAACACCCACGGUCCGGUGGAGCCGGACAAGGACAAUAUCCGCCAGGAGCCGUACACCCUGCCCCAGGGCUUCACCUGGGAUGCCCUGGACCUGGGGGAUAGAGGUGUGCUGAAGGAGCUCUACACUCUGCUCAACGAGAACUACGUGGAGGACGAUGACAACAUGUUCCGCUUCGAUUACUCGCCCGAGUUCCUGCUGUGGGCACUGCGUCCUCCAGGCUGGCUGCCCCAGUGGCACUGUGGGGUCCGAGUGGUCUCCAGCAAGAAGCUGGUGGGAUUUAUCAGCGCAAUUCCAGCCACCAUCCACAUCUAUGAUACAGAGAAGAGGAUGGUGGAGAUAAACUUCCUGUGUGUCCACAAAAAGCUGCGUUCCAAACGGGUGGCUCCGGUUCUGAUCCGUGAGAUCACGCGGAGGGUGCAUCUCGAGGGGAUCUUCCAGGCUGUUUACACUGCGGGAGUGGUGCUGCCAAAGCCUGUGGGGACUUGCAGGUAUUGGCACCGCUCCCUGAAUCCUCGGAAACUCAUCGAGGUCAAAUUUUCCCACCUGAGCAGGAACAUGACUAUGCAACGUACCACGAAGCUUUACCGGCUGCCCGAGACUCCCAAGACUCCCGGCUUGCGGCCCAUGGAGCACAAGGACAUCUCUGCUGUGCACAAGCUCCUGACUGAGUACCUGAAGCAGUUCCACCUGACACCCGUGAUGAGCCGAGAGGAGGUGGAGCACUGGUUCGUACCUCAGGAGAACAUCAUCGACACCUUCGUGGUAGAGAGUGCCCCAGGAGAGGUGACAGACUUCCUGAGCUUUUACACACUGCCCUCCACCAUCAUGAACCACCCGACUCACAAGAGCCUGAAAGCUGCUUAUUCCUUCUACAACGUUCACACCAAGACGCCUCUCAUCGACCUCAUGAGUGACGCGCUCAUCCUCGCCAAGUCGAAAGGAUUUGACGUCUUCAAUGCACUGGAUCUCAUGGAAAACAAAACCUUCCUGGAGAAGCUGAAGUUUGGGAUCGGGGAUGGGAACCUGCAGUAUUACCUGUACAAUUGGAAGUGUCCCAGCAUGGCACCAGAGAAGGUUGGAUUGGUGCUGCAGUAAGGGAGCCCUUGCCAGGAGAGCGUGGAGGAGCUGGGCCUGCAGAGGUGCUGCCCUCAUCCUUUCUGCCAAAGCCAGACCCAUGCUGGGAGAGGGGGACCGGAGCCGCCGCCCCUGCUGCUGUCAGCCGUCUCCUUGUUUGAUUUAACUGCAUCCUCCUAAAGACAUGAUCAAGGGAAUGUAACUGCUGAAACUAGAUCAUGAUUGGCAUAUAAUGGAUUUAACGGGUGAAUAAUAAAAGUAUAUAUUAUAUAUAUUUUAAA